AAGCAAGGAAACGGGCCAAACUGAAUUUGUAAAAAGUUAAAAACUUAAACCUUAAAAACAGAAGAUUUCAAAUGGGGGACUGCCGCGACUCAGACUCUUCUAGUGAAUGGGAGCAGAGCCCUGGGGUUAUAUCCAUACCAAAAUUAAGAUACGGCUCAAAUUUGACCCCUCGCCAAAUUCCCUGGCGGGAGUAUCACAGCAAAUCCAUAACACCGGGCCUAUUCCCGUACUCGGGCCCUCCGGAGUUAGUUCCUACUUACGGAGCUGUUCCCCUGGACGGGUUCCAAAGGUGUAUUACGGAGACUCGGACUCUUCAAGCAGCCCCAGAUCUAUCGACAGAAACCCAUACAUGUAUUUCAGCGACACAGAGUCUAGUGAAACCAGCAGUAGCUCCGAUAGGAACAUGAGCUUCAACGAACCAUCAACAUCAAUAGGAUAUAACUCAGAUUCUAACGAGAAUCCUCCUCCGAACAAAUCAGAUACCAAGGAGUCCACGAAAUCCGUCAUGCCCUACAACUUCCCUGUGUGCCUGGAAGAUGUCCGCGAGAAGCAACCAGUGUCCACCAAUUGUGGCCACAUUUUCUGCAAAGCGUGCAUUGUGAGAGCUGUCCACAUGGGAGGAGUUGAUGAGCCCAAAUUCCAUCGUAUUUUCUUGAAAGACGUGAUAUGGCAGAAAAAAGCAUACCACAAUCAAAAUACAAUGGUUGUAAAUACCACUGCUAGACUUGUGGCAUAUAUUUUAGAAAGACCGGAACACAAUAUUCACACUUAAAGACACUGUUGCUCCAUUAUAACAACGCAAACAAAAUCUUAUACCCGGCAACAUACUCAAGAAACACAAUGCAAUCGAAAACUUUCAGCUCAGAAACUAAAACUCAAAUACAGCAGACAACUUUGGCCAUAAAACAUGGCGCAAGGACACACUCAUACUCGCCGGAAACCCCGCAAAAAUGGAAGGCAAGCAAUGAAAAUUCCGACCUACCGCAAUAAAUUCCGCGGAACAACAGAGCAAGCGAUGCCAAAAUAAGAGUGAAAUGGCCAGCACACACACACACUCACAUAUAUGAAUGUAAAUGAAGUGGAAUCACCACCUCAGAAAAACUCAGGGACA